AUGACGUCUAAUUCUUUCAACGUGUCUGGAACUGUGGGUAGUUCUCAAAAUCCUAUUAGCGAGCAGGGUUUGGAGGACUUAGGGUUUCAAUCAUUUACUGAAAGGCUGCAUGGGGAUAUCUUUAUCAGUUCGAAGGGCCCUAGCUUAUCGAAUGUCCAGGACAUGCGUGACAAAUCGUCGUUGUUCUCCAAGCCUCUAAAAAUUGAUGGCAAUCCGUUAUUACCGAGACGUGGGGUUGUUCAACAGGAGCCUAAGAUGAUUAAUAUCAUUGAUGAACUGGAAAAAGUUAUUGUUCCAGUUCAUGAGGACAUAAAUACGGCUGAUCACACAAGGGGUGAGGAGCAUGUGAAGGGUGCUAAUACGAUGUCUUAUGCCGAUAAGGUCAAGAACACGUCCUCGAAGAAACGGGAAGUUAACUUUAGAAGUUUGGAUUCGACUGAGACUAAGCCGGAUGCUGAUGUGGUCAUUCCUCGAGAGGUAAUUCGUAAAGUUCAGGAAAAGUUUGAGAACGUUUUAUAUGGUUAUUUUCUGGGUAAUCGUCUUCCUUAUCCUCUUGUGGAAUAUUAUGCUAAGAAUGUCUGGGCAAAAUACGGGUUUGCUAAACUUAUGAUGAAUUCAGAGGGCUUCUUUUUCUUUAAAUUUGAUUCUAAAGAGGGUAUGGCGAAAAUUCUGGAAGGAGGACCAUGGUUGAUCCGGAAAGUGCCCUUGUUCUUAAAUGUGUGGUCUCCAUCAGUUAGCUUAAAGAAAGAGGGUAUUAAGUCAGUACCGGUGUGGGUGAAACUCCAUAAUGUUCCUAUUGCAAUUUACACCGAUGAUGGCCUUAGCUUAUUAGCAUCCAAGUUAGGGGUGCCAAAACGGCUGGAUGGUUAUACAGCCGAUAUGUGCACGGAAAACUGGGGGAGAAGCAGCUUUGCUCGGGCGUUGAUUGAAAUAACCGCAGAUAAAGAGCUUAAAGACCAGAUUGUAGUUGCCAUUCCGAAGCUGGAUGAUGAUGGAUACAUUACUGAAAUAGUAGAUGUGGAAUAUGAAUGGAAACCUCAAAGAUGUUCGUUAUGUUGUGUCUUUGGACACAAUGAUCAAGUGUGUGGGAAGAAUGAAAAUAAAAAAGCUAAGCAUGUGGUCGUUGAUGAGGAGGGUUUCAGGAUGGAUAAGAGGAAGACAGCUCGUAUGGGAGGGGUACCAAUGAAGCAAAAACAAAAGUUUAUGUAUAGGCCAAAGGUUAGCAAGGCUGACCCAAGUACUUCUGGAACAAAAGAUGGCCACGGGAUCAAGAAGACAUCGGAUAACGUCCAAGUGAGGAACUCGUUUGAAACUUUAUCGAAACUUGAUGGGCGGGAAUUGGAUACUGAGAUUGAUAACAGGGAAAAAGUGGAAAAGAACUCAGGGAAGCACGCUAAUGACAAUGAGGAGGUGGUCGAUUCUAUACCAACGGAAACAGCCAGAUUUAUACGGAAUGAUAAACAUGAAAAGGUUGCUGAGGGGGCAAGCACUCCCGGUCAGAGUGAGUCGCAUGUGGAGGUUGCUAAUCUGGAUAGGGUUUGUAAGAAGGUGUUUAGAAACUGGAGUUGGACGUCUAAUGGGGGCCUUUGUGAUCGGGGUGCUAGAGUUAUUCUAGGGUGGAAUAGUGAUAUUGUGGACGUCAUGACUCUGUCACAGUCUGAUCAAGUCAUUCAUGCUCAAUUAUGGUCAAAAACUGAUAACACUAGUGUUUUCGGUUCUUUUGUUUAUGCAAAGAAUAAAUAUCAAGACCGAAGGGCUCUUUGGGAGAACUUAUGUGGCCACGCAAUUUUGUGUCGGGAUAAGCCUUGGUUUGUCAUGGGCGAUUUUAACUCGGCUCUUCAUAUGGAGGAUUCCUUGUUUGGCACGUCAACUCAAACUAUAGGUAUGCGAGAGUUUUUUGAUUUUGUAAAAAAUUCGGACCUGCUUGAUGUUAAGGGUCAUGGUAUGCAAUACACUUGGAACCAGAAGCCGAAGGAGGGGAUUGGCUUACUUUGUAAGAUUGAUAGGGUUAUGUGUAACGUUAAGGGUCUUGAUAUGUUUCCAGAAGCUUAUGUUAUGUAUCGCGCGUAUCGUGUCUCUGAUCACACCCCUUGUAUUUUAAAGCUAACCAAGGAGCCUAAAGUGUCUAAGCCGAAGCCGUUCAAGUUCGCGAAUUUCCUUACUUCUAAACCGGAUUUCAGAAUUUGUGUUGAGCGUGAGUGGGUGAAGACGGUUGAUGGGAUCGCUAUGUUCUCGGUUAUCACUAAGCUAAAGAACUUGAAGCCAGGUCUUAGGAAAAUCCUGAUCCAGCAAGGAAAUUUGCAUUUAAAGGUGAGUGAGCUGCGUAAAAAGCUUGAUGAGAUCCAAAGAUUGCUAGACAAGAACCCUCUUGAUGUGGUGCUUCGUAAUAACGAGUCUGAUUGCCUAAAGGAGUUCCAGAUUGCGGCAAACGCUAGAAACAAGAUUCAUUGUAUUCGGGAUUUGGCUGGAACCCGAUAUGAAGGGGAUGAGGCUACGGACGCGUUAGUUAAUCACUACGCGAGUUUUUUAGGCACGGAGGAUCAAGUCUCUAGCAUGGACUUGACGGACAUAUGUAUUAAUACUCUUAGUCCGGAAGUGGCGAGUAAUAUGGUCAGACAAAUUACUCCUGAAGAAAUUAAAAAUGCUAUGUUCAGCAUUGGUGAGAACAAAGCUCCUGGUCCGGAUGGAUACACGUCUGCCUUUUUCAAGCAUGCAUGGGAUAUUGUGGGGACUGAAGUUACAAAAGCGAUUCUGGAGUUUUUUGAUAACGGUAAAAUUCUGAAACAGUUAAAUCAUACAAUUUUGGCUCUGAUUCCCAAAGUUGAGACCCCGGAUUCGGUCUUGGACUACCAUCCAAUCUCUUGUUGCAAUGUUCUCUACAAGUGUAUAAGUAAAAUUAUAACGGAGAGAUUAAAGGGGUGUUUGGAGACUCUGGUUAGCAUUAAUCAAUCUGCGUUCGUACCUGGUAGGAGGAUUUCGGACAAUAUCCUCUUAACGCAAGAACUGAUGCAUAAUUAUCAUUUGAAUAAAGGCCCGCCAAGGUGUGCUUUCAAAAUUGACAUUCAAAAGGCGUAUGACACUGUUAGUUGGUCAUUUCUGGAAAAGAUUCUUUGUCAGUUUGGAUUGCAUAGAAAGAUGGUGAACUGGAUUAUGGCUUGUGUUACCACGGCUACCUAUUUUUUUUUUGGGUAA